UGUGUCGCAUAUUUAGAAACAACAAGAAUGGGUUUCAUGCAGCUUACCUCAUUGCUCCGUUUCAUAGUAAUAUUUGGUUUAUGGUGCAGAACGAAGGGUGUGGUGAAGCUGCCACCACACGUGUCAGUUCCAGCAGUGUUAGCAUUCGGAGAUUCCAUCGUUGAUUCCGGCAACAACAACAACAUUAAAACACUGGUCAAGUGUAACUUCCCACCUUACGGGAAAGAUUUUCAGGGAGGAAAACCAACCGGUCGAUUUUGCAACGGAAAAAUCCCUUCCGACAUAAUAGUUGAAGAGUUGGGUAUUAAGGAGUAUUUGCCUGCAUAUUUGGAUCCAAAUCUGAAAUCCAGUGAUCUUGUUACUGGCGUCUGCUUUGCCUCCGGCGCUUCAGGAUACGAUCCUUUGACACCCCAAAUAGCGUCGGUUAUAUCAUUAUCUACUCAACUAGACAUGUUCAAGGAAUACAUAGGAAAGCUGAAACGCAUUGUCGGAGAGAGCAGAACAAACUUCAUCCUGGCCAACAGUCUUUGCCUUGUGGUGGCAGGCAGUGACGACAUUGCCAACACCUAUUUUGUUGCUCACGCCAGAAUAUUGCAGUAUGACAUUCCUUCUUACACUGAUCUUAUGGUCAACUCAGCCUCUGAUUUUGUAAAGGAUAUAUAUAAUCUGGGAGCUCGUAGAAUUGCAGUGCUGAGUGCACCACCUAUUGGGUGUGUGCCAUCACAGAGAACUCUAGCUGGAGGAUUAGAAAGAGGGUGCUCAGAAAAGUACAAUAAUGCAGCAAAGUUGUUCAAUUCAAAACUCUCAAAGGAGCUUGAUUCCCUUCGCAGCUACCCCAAUAGCAGCAUUGUUUACAUUGAUGUUUACAACCCUCUGUUUGAUAUCAUUCAAAACUACCAAAAAUAUGGGUAUAAAGUUAUGGACAGAGGUUGCUGUGGCACAGGGAAACUAGAGGUUGCAGUGUUAUGCAAUCCUUUGGAUUCUACUUGUUCUAAUGCUUCAGAAUAUGUCUUUUGGGACAGUUACCAUCCAACAGAAGGCGUUUACAGAAGAAUAGUGAAUCAUGUUCUUGAAAAGUACAUGAAUCAAUUGUUUUGAGGAUAUAUUUAUAAUAAAAAUAAGGAUAUAUUUAGACAAAUUUCAUCCUAAGUAUUUUUACGAAAAACAAAUAUUUUUU